GGCCAAGCAGAGCAGCAAGAAGACAUGUGCUGUUACCCUCACCACCGUCCCUUUUCGUUUUCUCCCCUUCCCGCUGCGAAUUGGUCCCUCCCUUUGACAUUUUAAUUCAAAACUCCACCUUCAUUCCUUCUUUUGUUUAUAUACUGCUCUGCAAUAAUAAAACCUCCAUUAAACCUCUCUUUCUCUUGGGUUUCGUGUGCGCUUCUGCUUUUCCUUAGAGACCCAUUACCUCUCUCAUUCCAAAGAAAUCCACAGAAACCCAGAAAAGAUUAAGGAAAAAGAAAGUUGCUUGACGCAAGAAUCGCUCCAAGAUCCAAUUUUUCACUUCUUUUCUUGAUUUUGUUCUGGGAUACUUUUUUUUUUAGCUCUACUUUUGGUUCUGGACUUUGGUGGGUGGUGUUUUCUGAAAAUGGGUAGUAAAUGGAGAAAAGCUAAGCUGGCUUUGGGUUUGAAUCUCUGUGUCUACAUGCCGAGAACUAUAGAGGAUGCACCCCCCUCAAUCGAUUCCUCCGAGAGGUUGUCUGGUGCUGCUUUGUUGUCACCAGCUAACUGGGACAUGGCUCCUUCUCCUCGGCCUAUGACUCCCACUCCUUCUUCUCAUGGUUUGAGGCUCUCCAGAAGUGGAAGCAAAUCGUCUAAGCAAAUGUGUUCGAUAUGUUUAACCAAGUUGAAACAAGGCGGUGGCCAAGCUAUCUUCACUGCAGAGUGCUCACAUUCUUUCCACUUCCAUUGCAUUGCUUCGAAUGUGAAACAUGGUAACCAAAGUUGUCCAGUUUGCAGAGCAAAAUGGAAAGAGAUCCCCAUGCAAAGCCCCAGUACAGAUGUGCCCUCUGCAGGGGCAUUGAUAAACCCAGUUGGUUGGCCUCAAAAUGAUGCGUUGAUGGCUGUGGUCGGCCAAUUACCUCCACAUCGCAGAGAUUUAAAUCGUCGGCACAUUGUGCCUUUAUUUCAGGCUCCUGAACCAAGUGUGUUUGAUGAUGAUGAAUUGUUAGAUCACCAGCCUGUAAUUGCUGAGGGUAAGGAUGGCUCAGAUAACUGUUCUGUUAGAACAAUAGAGAUUGAAACAUACCCAGAGGUUUCAGCUGCACCACGGUCCAAUUCUUAUGAUGACUUUACCAUUCUGGUCCAUCUUAAAGCUGUUGCUUCGGUUGCUAGACAAAAUGCCAGCAGAAAUCAAACUCCCUUGCUGCAACUUUCUCAGACUUCUCGUGCUCCGGUUGACUUGGUUACGGUGCUUGACAUCAGUGGUAGCAUGGCAGGCACCAAGCUUGCAUUACUAAAACGAGCAAUGGGGUUUGUAAUACAAAAUCUUGGCUCUAAUGAUAGGCUUUCAGUCAUUGCUUUCUCUUCUACAGCCCACCGAAUCUUUCCCUUACGUCGCAUGUCUGAGACAGGGCGGCAGCAAGCACUACAAGCUGUUAACUCGUUGGUUGCAAGUGGUGGAACUAAUAUUGCUGAAGGCCUCAAGAAAGGUGUGAAGGUAAUGGAGGAACGGAAGGAAAAGAAUCCAGUUUCCAGCAUUAUACUUUUGUCAGAUGGGCAGGAUACUUAUGCCAAACGUAUCACUGGUUCUGGUCAUAGUCAACCCCAACCAUGUUUCCAGUCACUUCUCCCUUUGUCCAUUCAGGGGGUUGACAAUCCAGGAUUCCAGAUUCCGGUGCAUACUUUUGGUUUUGGUGCAGAUCAUGAUGCAUCUUCAAUGCAUUCAAUUUCAGAGAUUUCAGGAGGCACAUUUUCUUUCAUCGAAACUGAAGCUGUGAUCCAGGAUGCAUUUGCACAAUGCAUUGGUGGUCUUUUGAGUGUCGUUGUUCAGGGGUUGCAGGUGGUAUUAGAGUGCACAAACUCAAGUAUUUGCCUUGGUUCACUAAAAGCAGGCAGCUAUCCGAGUCGUGUGAUGGUUGAUGGACGCACUGGAUUUAUUGAUGUUGGAGAUCUAUAUGCUGAUGAAGAGAGAGAUUUUCUGGUAUCAGUCAAUGUCCCAGCCGAAUCUUCAAAAAGUGAAACAUCUUUGCUGAAGGUGAAAUGUAUUUACAAGGAUCCCUUAACUAAAGAAAUGGCAACAUCUGAGAGUAAUGUGGUUAGGAUACAAAGACCUGAAAUAACUGGAGAGGAAGUAGUGUCAAUAGAGGUGGACAGGCAACGCAACAGGUUCCGAGCAGCAGAUGCAAUGGCAGAGGCAAGAAUCACAGCUGAGCAGGGAGAUUUAGGCAGUGCUGUUUAUAUUCUUGAAGACUGUAGGCGGUUAUUGUCAGAGACUGUUUCAGCCAAAUCUCAUGACCGGCUCUGUCUUGCUAUGGAUGCUGAGCUCAAAGAAAUGCAAGAAAGGAUGGCAAGCAGGCAUGUAUACGAGGUAUCUGGGAGAGCAUACAUCCUUUCAGGACUAAGCUCCCACUCAUGGCAAAGGGCAACAGCAAGAGGUGACUCAACAGAUGGUUCAAGUCUGGUUCAGGCUUAUCAAACCCCAUCAAUGGUUGAGAUGCUUACUCGAUCUCAGGCUAUGUUACUUGGUAGUCCAUCAGUUCAAAGGCUUAUACAACCAUUAUGGUCAUUUGGAUCGCAACCAAAGCCACGUUAAUAUUUGCCAGUAGGGAACUGUCAUUAACUAGUAUUUGAAAUCUUAUUUGUAGAGGGAUGGGGUGGUUAUAUGAGGGUUUUUGCACUUUGGUUUCUGUCUUACAUUGUGUAAGUAAAUAAAAACCGGCGAAAAGGCAAAAGAUUAUAUUUGGGGGAAGAAAAGGGAUGAAAGACUAGGUAGGGGUUUAUACAUUCUCUUUUUAUUUGUUUUUGAGUUGGGGGUGAUGUACAUAAAGAGAAAUAAUUUCUCUUUGGGAGAAGCAGCGAACAAGUUAGGAUUUCAAUGUACUCUACACCUAAUAUAUAAUUCUCUGCUUU